CAAUAAUGAAUUGUAUUUUCAAUUCUUUAUCUGGCAUUUGUUUAUACUUUUAAAAUAUUAUUUUGCCAUUGUUCUCUGCUCACGCGUGCGAGUAACCUACGCGUCACAGUCUCCCACGAAAAGUACGCGGUAUAGAAUGUACUGCCUCAGGCACCAACAAGCUUUUUUGGCCCAUAUGUGACCUCCAUGGUCAGUAUAUGGAAUAUGUGAAACCCAACACGGCAAUUGCGAUUCAAGAGCAGAAACACCACCCUAUCAAGAUGUCCUCAUAACCAGCCACUUAAGCAACUUGCUUAAGACCAGUUUCUCCCAGCCAACAAUGUGGAUUUCCACCCCAUACCCACCACCACCACGAUCAUGACCUCUACCACCACCACCACCACCAACCCCACCCACCUCCUCCGCGCCCUCCUCCGCACCUGCUCCUACCUCCCCGACGGCCCCUCACGCCACUACUUCCACGCACACAUCCUGCACCGCUUCCGGCACGUCACGACCCCAACCCUUGGUGCCUACCGCGCGCGGAAAACCCUCUCCCUGCUCACGCGAGCUACAAACGGGGACCUCCCCGCCCUCACCAAAGUCCUCCAGCACACCUACGGCCGCGCGGGCCAUAGGCGACACACCCUCCUCAAUGCCUUCCUCACCGAACAAAGAGCACACGACGAUGCCGAGCCGCCCACCGCCGUAUCCCCGGCAGUACGCCGCGUCCUCGUGCCCCCGACACAAAUCGCACCCAUGGGCGGGGCCUUCGUGCCCGCGAAACCGCACGAUGCGCCGCCGACGGCCUUUGAGCGGCUCCUUGCCGAUCAGAUCCUGCGCUAUCCCGCGAGGAGUAACCGCACCCAGCUGAAGAUAGCGUAUGCGCCUAUUCCGCUGGAGAAUGUGUUCCUGAGACCGACGUCGGCGAAGCGGGAGGAGGGGAUGAGGAAGAGAUGGUUGGUAGAUACGAUGGAGAGGAUAUUGCCGCCGCUGCCGAAGGAGGAGUGGAAUCGGUUGCGGGAUUUGGCGACGGGGGUGGUGGAGUGGGAGGGUGCGCCGAAGAGGAGGACGCGGGUUGGAGGGAAGGAGGGGGGUGGGGGGUUGCUGAGCGUGGAGUAUCUUAAGUCGCCGAUUAGGCAUGCGCAUUCGAAGGUGCGGAAGGCGGAGAUUGACCAGCGCGACUGGCAUGAGCUGACGCCCAACUAUAUGCAGCGGAUGUAUGCAAGAAUCUGGGAGCUGUGCCCGAAGGCCCGCUGGGACGAGGAGCUGCGCGACUGGGUAUAUACCUGGGGCGGGACCAAGAUCGCUGCGAAUAUGGGCGAGCCGAAGAAGCUUGCACAGCGUGAUCUGAGUUUGUUUGAAGGGAUCGAGGGUCUAGACAGAGCGCAUGUGAAGGCGAAAAAGAGAACACCAUCUAAGAAAAAGGUGAUAUCCCAGGAGGAUAUAGAUUCUAGGGAAACAGUCUCGAGCAACGACUAGAUACGACCGCGAGAGAACCGCCAGUCGUCCGGAUUUUGUAAGAUACAGAACCCAUAUAUAGACUGUAUAAUAAUAUGUACAAUACCAAUACCAC